GCACCGCACACCAACUGGGUCUCGCCUCGCCUCGCCUCGCCUCGCCUCUCCUUCUCAACUAACUGUCUGCCCCUCUCCCCAUCUCUCUAUGUACACGAAACACCCAUCCACCCACCCAUGCCAUCCAUAGAUACCCAUGUGUCAUAUCAACUCUUGCCCGCAGGGACACCUCCCCGCGCCAGCCAACCCCCUCCUCCCUCCCUCCCUACCGCGGCACCAACCGACUCCCCCGACUCCUUGUCCUCUCCGUCGACUUGUCCUCGACCGCGCUGCUGCCGAGGUCGUCAGGGUAGUCGAGAGCGAUCAGAUGGUCGAUGGGAUGCAGUGGUGGCCAUGGCGAAUCAGCAUACUCAGGGUCCGCCCUUGUUGUCUGUGCCUUCGCCCUCGCCCGCGCCUCCCGCCUGCGCCUGUGGGCAUCGGCGUCAGCCCACUCAUAUAUAUCGUCGAGGUCCUCUGUGUGGCACACGGGGCAAGUUGGGAAGCGCACGGGCCUCCUGAAGGAUGAGGGGCGAAUGCGCCACCAGGCGGCCGGCAGCUGGGGUCUUCCGCCGCUUGUGCGAGACGACCAGACCCACUGGCGAGCCAUCCUUGCCACCCUGCCGUGAGACAACAAGGAUUGGAAGCAGCACACGAAGCCGUGCAUCCGCGAACAACCCUGCAGCAUCUGAUAUGAGCGUGUCGGCAUCUUACGGUGGGCGAUGACGGCGAUACCACCACAUGCGGGAUGGAGCCAUCGCCGGACUUCCCGGCCUCCAAAGCGCCUGCCCCCUCGCCCCAUGCAUCCCUGUGUGCUGCCCCCUUCUGCACGACCGCCUCGCCCGAUGCCUCGCUGGCGGCCGAGAGGAAGUCGGUUCUGUCUCCGCUGCUGCCGCUCGACAAAGGCUGGUUGCCUCGCCUGUGGGCCUUGGCGGGCGGGGGGACUUUGAGGAAUGGCCGAUCGUCGGGCGGCAUGUGAGAGCUGCGGGGCAUGUAGGUGCGUCGCCGACGGGGCUGCCUGCGCUCAAUGAAUUGAACGCAGCGGCAACAGAAAGACAGAAAGGGAGAAGGAGUCCAUCGCUCGUCGCUGCAUGUCUGUCUGUCGUAUACACUAUGCUCACCGCCUCCUCCUGGCUCUCAUCUCGAUGCAUCCCCACACUUGGCGGCCGUCCAGCUCCGCAGACGCGCACAUCCCGUGGUGACGUACUGCGUGAGCCUCAUGAUACCUCCCCACAGCUGGGCCCAGAAGGAGGCCUGCCGCCGCUCCCGCCGCAUGCGCUCCUCCCUCUGCUGGGGCGACAGACGUUGGAGAUUGACCACACGCAGAUACUUCACCUGUAUGUCACAUCAUGCACAAUGAUGUCACAUAUGGUCUGUGUGAGUGAGUGAGUGAGUGAGUGCGUGAGAGUGCGUGAAUUCUGCUGUGCCGGUCAAGUGCCAGCUGACCUUUCGUUCGCAUCUUUCUGCGGCAGCCCGCUUCCUGGUGGCGGAGAGGAAAGACCUGCGGUGGCCCACACUGCCUCGCCGCUGGACGCCGCCAAAGGGCUCCUCGCUCGACGCCGCGCUGCUGUCCAUCAGCUAAAGGCGUAGGCGUGUGUCAGCCGCUAAACAUGCUUCCUUCGUAGAAAGCGGGGCAUCUCGCUGGCCGAGCGAUGUGCAUGCCGCCCUGCAGGCAACCUGCGGAC